GACGCAUCCCCAGGCCCGCCUGGACUCCGCAGGCCCCGCCAUGCCGCUGCACAUCCUGCUGCUGUGCGGGCCGCUGGUCCUCUUUGACCUGACCUUGCUGUGGCUGCUGAAGGUGACACCCUGGGCCCUCCUCCCCCUGAGCCUCCCCCACCUCUGGAUCGAGGGGGUCCUGCGACUGGGGGCACUCCGGGGGUUGCUGGGGACCCUCCAGGGAUCUUUGGGGCCCACGGCGGGGGGACGGCUGGAGGGGCUUCUCCCCUCGCUGUGCUUGAGCCCGCCUCUGUUCCUGUCUCUCCGGGCCCUGGUCGCCCAGACCGCGGACGCGCCCCCAUCCCUGAUGGCCUCGUCUUCCUGGUCCUGGUUGCUGCUGUCUUACGGGGCAGCGGCUCUGAGCUGGGCAGUGUGGGCCGUGCUCAGUCCGCCCAAGGCUCCCGCCUCGGCUCGGGAGAAGGAGCGAGGCCGCGAGCUCAGGGUCAUGGUCAAGCGCCUGCUGGACCUGUCUCGGCCGGACCUGCCCUGGCUGGUCGGAGCCUUCCUCUUCCUCACGGCUGCGGUGAUCGGCGAGACGACAAUCCCCUACUACACGGGCCGAGUGAUCGACAUCUUGGGCGGCAGCUUCGAACCCGAAGUCUUCGUCAGCACCAUCGGCUUCAUGUGCCUUUUCUCCCUCGGAAGCUCUGUGUCUGCCGGCUGCCGUGGGAGCCUUUUCAUGGUCGCGAUGUCCCAACUAAACCUGCGCCUGCGACGGAUGCUCUUCUCUUCGCUGCUGCGCCAGGAUCUGGAAUUCUUCCAGGAGAGCAAGACAGGGGAACUGAACUCCCGCAUCUCGUCAGACACGACCCUCAUGAGCCGCUGGCUUCCGCUGAACGCUAACGUGUUCCUGCGCAGCCUGAUUAAAGCCCUGGGGCUCUAUGGCUUCAUGUUGCCCCUGUCCCCUCGUCUCACCCUGCUCUCCCUGCUCGAUUUGCCCCUCUCCCUGACGGCCGAGAAGGUCUACAGCAGCCGCAGGCGGGAAGUGCUGCACGCCAUCCAGGAGGCGACGGCGGCUGCGGGGCAGGUGGUACGGGAGGCGGUGGGGGCGAUGGAGACCGUGCGCAGCCUGGGCGCGGAGCAGGAGGAAGCGCAGCGCUACGAGGCGGCACUGGAGCGCCUUCGCCUGCUGCACUGGCGCAGAGAUCUGGAGCGUGCCCUCUACCUGCUGUUCCGCAGGGCGCUGCAGCUGGGGAUGCAGGUGCUGACGUUAUGGUGCGGCCUGCAACAGAUCCUGGCUGGUGAUCUCACCCGGGGCGGCCUCAUCUCCUUCCUGCUCUACCAGGAGAACGUGGGCACGUAUGUGAAGACCCUGGUGUACAUCUGCGGGGAUAUGCUGAGCAACGUGGCGGCCGCCGAGAAGGUGUUUGGAUACCUGGACAGGGAGCCCCGCCGACCCCCUCCCGGGAAGCUGGCCCCGGAGACGCUGCAGGGCCACGUGGAAUUCCAAGACGUCACCUUUGCCUACUCCAGUUGCCCCAACAACACUGUGCUAAAGGGCGUGACCUUCACCCUACGACCCGGGGAGGUGACGGCCCUGGUGGGGCCCAACGGCGCGGGGAAGAGCACGGUGGCCACCCUGCUACAGGGCCUCUACCAGCCCACCGCUGGACGCCUGCUCCUCGACGGUCAGCCCCUGGACUGCUACCAGCACCGCUACCUGCACGCCCAGGUGUCCGUGGUGGCACAGGAGCCGGUGCUGUUUUCGGGCUCUGUGCGAGACAACAUCACCUACGGGCUGGAGAGCUGCAGGGAGGAGGAGGUACGAGCCGCCGUCCGGGACGCCUGCGCCGAUGGCUUCAUCGCUGAGCUGGCCCAGGGGCUGGACACAGAUGUGGGUGAGAAGGGGAGCCAGAUAGCCACAGGGGAGAAGCAGCGGCUGGCCAUUGCUCGGGCACUGGUCCGUCGCCCAAAGGUGCUCAUCUUGGACGAAGCCACCAGCGCCCUGGACACUGAAUGCGAGAAGGCGAUGCAGAAAUCGGUGCUGGGCGGAGAUCGGACGGCGCUGGUCAUUGCCCACCGGCUGGGAACGGUGCAGAAGGCGGACCAGAUCCUUGUGUUGGAAGAGGGGCGAGUGGUGGAACGGGGAACCCACGAACAGCUUCUGGAACUUCGCGGCCUCUACUACACUCUUGUGCAGCGGGAGCUUACCGAUUGAGCCUGGGUGGGGGUGUGGCCUGGCUAGAAAAUGGUCAUUUCAUAAUAAUAAUGGCAUUUGUGAAGCGCUUAUUACGUGCCAGGCACUGUACUAAGCGCUGAGGUC